UCUUCCUAUGGUUUUGUAACCUUUUCAUAACACACAUGGUAAGAUCUCCACGUUCCUAAUCACCAGAAACUUCCCUCCUUCGGUUGCUUCCCCAUUAAUCAUUACAAAACACCACCCGGAUAUUCCAUCUCCGAUGCUGCUCACAAUCACCAUCACUACCGAUCCCCAAUGAACAAUCCCUUUUACAUCUCCACACUUUUCCGGAUUUCUCUCUCGUGAACGAUUUGUGGCAAUGGGGAUGGCGUCGGAGAUUGACAGGAAGAGGAAAUUUCUGCUAGGGAUUGGGUAUUUCGUGCAGGGGUUGAGGUGUUUCCCAUGGAUGGGGGUGAAUUUCUUCCUCAAGGAUGGGAUGAGAGUCGCUCCCGCCACUCUUCAGAUCCUUCAGAAUUCCGCUAAUUUGCCUAUGGUUGCUAAACCCUUGUACGGUAUUCUCUCCGAUUGCGUCUACGUCUUCGCCGAGCACCGUAUCCCCUACAUAGCCUUUGGAGCAUUCCUACAGGCAAUCUCAUGGAUGGCAAUUGCAAUCUUUGCAACUUCAGGCAUCUCCUUCAUGUCGAUUACAUUUUAUCUCCUUCUCGGGAAUUUGGGCGCUUCUAUAGUUGAGGUUGCAAACGAUGCCAUGGUGGCAGAAACUGCGAAACAACCCACUACUUCCAAAAAUACCAAAUCCUCUUCAUCUGGUGGCGGCCUGCAGUCGUUUGUCUGGAUGGCCUCAUCGAUAGGUGGAGUUCUGGGAAAUCUUGUAGGCGGUAUUGUUAUUGAUCGAUUUGCCCCACGGAUGAUGUUUCUAAUCUAUGGCAUUCUCCUUUCGAUUCAAUUCUUGAUAACCGCACUAAUCCGAGAGAGCAGUCUAGCCUUACCAAAGAGUUCAUCCCUAGGUUUUAGGAAGCAAUUAUCCGAACUCUCUGCUGCGCUCAAGAAGCCGGACCUUUUGUAUGCAAUCAUCUGGUUUUCUUUUUCCUAUGCUGUGAUCCCAGCCUUAACAGGCACCAUGUUCUUCUACCAAACUCAACAUUUGAAGAUUGAGUCAUCACUACUUGGGAUAUCAAAGGUGGUGGGUCAAGCCGCAAUGCUUCUAUGGGGUGUUGUUUACAAUAACUACCUCAAGUCAGUUUCAUCUAGGAAACUGAUCAUUGCUGUUCAGGGGACCAUGGUCUUUUUCAUGCUGUCAGAUUAUCUUUUCGUGAAGGGGUUCUAUCAGAACCUUGGUCUUCCAGACUCUUUAUACGUUAUCAUACUCUCCAGCUUGCUCGAGGUCCUCUACUUCUUCAAGAUUCUACCCUUCAGCGUUCUGAUGGCGCAGCUUUGCCCACCGGGCUGUGAGGGCUCCAUAAUGGCGUUUGUCAUGUCCGCCAUCGCGCUUGCCUUCAUAGUGAGUGGCUACCUAGGCGUCGCCCUCGCCUCCUAUUUCAGGGUAAAUGGAGAUGAUUUCUCGGGCCUGCCAGAAGCUCUUCUGGUGCAGGCAGCAUGCACGCUCGUUCCCAUCUUCUGGGCGUCGUGUGUUCCACUAGACAAGGAGGCCAAAGAAAAGCCGAAGGAGAACUAGACGAUCGCUUGCCAGUAGCAUCUCCUGUCUUGGCAUCAAACCAAACGGUAUGUGCCAAAGCAUACCCUCUUGCAAACCUAAACAGCCCGCUCCCGCCUACGAUCGGCAUCUCUCUCACGUUGUCCAUCACGUGGUUCCGCCCGAGCAUGCUCAAACUGCUCCCAUUGUACUUCCCUUGCGUGAAGCAGAAGUUCACCACCAUCAGCAGCCCCAGAUCAUUCUGAGUCGCCACCGAGUACAUCCCCUGCGCCCGGCCGAUGAUCUCCGAGCCGCGAUCCGCGCUUCGGGUGAGUGCAUCGUCGAUCAUGUAUGUAGCUCCGAACCCCAACCCUUUGCCGGCGAUGAUUUGCACGGCGGUCGGAUUCCUCCCGCCUGGCCGGUCCUGGAAGUAGAAGUGAAGGUGGCUGGUUUUCUCCGUACGCGUCGCAACUAAGGUUUCGACGAAGUCGUCCUCGAGUGAGGAAAUUGUUGAGAGUGAGAGAAGUAUGAAGUUGAGGAUGAAGAGAGUGCAAGUAUAGGAAGAGGCCAUCUUGGAUAUGCUUUCAUCAAGUGCUUUGGCCAAGGGAUUUAUAUAAUAGACGAAGAUUGCUUUUGAUUUUGGUUUGCUUAGUUAAAUAUAUAUUGCAAGAAAGCUACUCAUUGCAAAUUUGCACGCAUGCCGUCGAAAUUGAAUUGCUUGCUUUCUA